AUGCAUGAAAUCAAAGAGCGCCAAGUACCGGUUGCCAUGGGAGCGUCUUUAAGAUGGGUCCCAUCACCUGUCCGAGAGCAGAAGUUUCUUGAAAAUACAAGAUGUGGGAGAGGACAAAUUGCUGGUCGAAGCUCAAAUAUACAGAUUCAGUCAAAGGGGUACAUUCAUAGGACACUGCAGCGAUGCAGGUUUCCAGACCUUACUCAUUUAUGGUUGGAGGAAUCUACCAGUGAGGCUGUAUGGGGGGUCAUAUGCAACUCAAUUUUUGGCUGCAACUGUUUGAAGGAUCACAAACAGUAAAUUCCACUAAUUCCCACAGAUCACAAAAAGUAUUACCCCUUUUUUUUUUUAUAUGAAAUGCAUAUAUAUUCACAGGUGUGUGAACUAAGGUGAGACAGUAAUGCCUACUAUAAUAUAUACUUUAGUAGUUCUUAUACACAAUAUUUGGAAGUUGGUUGAUAAGGAAGAGGUUAUGCAAUGGCUUUAAUGUUUCUUUGAAACUUUAGUUUCCACAGCCUUUUCACCAGUAUUAAUGUUUUUGUAGGUCAUUGCAUGAGUUGUUGCAGAUGUCAAAAUGGGUGAUUCAUACAUCAGUCAUUGCAUGAUUAUUGUUUGAUUCUGUAACUGGUUGUAUUGACAAUAUGGCGUCUGUGAGUUUGCAACUUUGCAUAGUAAAUUAGUGCCUCUUAAGAUGAUUGAUUUGGAGUAUCUGCGGCGACCAAAAUGUUUCCUUCUUUGCCAUAAGGAAAGAGGGCCAAGUUUGAAAUCUGAGGUGUGUUUUUACUUUUUUGCCCUCGAGGAGGUAAAAUACUUGAAGUAUGUUGUCAUUUACAAUGCCAAAGAAAUUUAUAAGUC